AGUAUCUCUACCGCUCAAAGCCAGGUGUGUACUGACCAACCAUUCAUACUGGGAUAUAGACAGUCCUGUGUUCUGCUUGUAGGCAUGCAGGAUUUUAGCUGUUGUCAUAUUUUGUCAUUAGACAGUUUAAUUGAUAAAUCACCAGCAUUCCAUGUAAUAUUGAAUAAAUACAUUAGAUAAAUGACUGUUUAUUUAAUGGGCCAGUUUCCCGGACACAGAUUAAGUCUAGUCCUGGACCUUAAAGAACUUUCUAUUGAAACUUCCAUUGAGCAUGCUUUUUAGUCCAGCACUAGACUCAAUCUGUGUCCAGGAAACAGGCCCCAUAUGUAUUACUGACAUGCUUGUCCUUGUUCAGGACUCCACACACUGGCUUCAGAUUGAACCCUUGACUUCCACUGUCCAGGGAGUGACAAUGUUCAGACACAGGACACCCAAAGGGAGUUAUGAGUGCACAGUGUCUGGGCUCCGCUGGCUGUGUGAGAGAGAUGUCAUCCUGAAGUAUCACUUCAGGAACUGGGAUCCCUACAGUCAACUUCUGAAAGACAUGCAGUACACACAAGGUGGUCCAUUGCUGGACAUCACCAUGGAGUUAGGUGAACUGGAGGAAGUUCAUCUGCCACACUUUGUCUGUUUAGGGAACAACCCUUCCCUGAGGAAUGAGAUGAAGAUUCUUCAUGUAGAGGAACAUGGAGUGUCUUUAGAGGAAGUGCAUGAGGUCACCAGAUUCCAUGCUAAGAUUCUCCAUCCCAAGUUCUCACCUAUCUCUCUGAUACUGAGAUUACUGUCUUGGAACAUAGACGUCCACUGUGAGCUGAUGCUCUAUCUGACAGUGAUGAAGGAAACACUAAUUUCUCGCCUAUACCUGUUCCCCUGGAACCCCGGACAAAUACAGGCUGUGGAACAACAGGAAUCAAAGUUUCAAGGGUCUAAAAGGUUUCCCAUCACAAGACCAGAUCGGUCCUUCAAACUAUAUAGUUCCAUCAGACUGAACAUUCCCUGUUCUACCUCCAUCAAUCCACAGAAGAUUCAUUUCAUACAAAGAGACACCACACCAAGCUUUUUCAAGGCGGUUGUGAAAAUGACAGGGAUUGACAUUGAGAUGGAGUUAUUCAGUGAUGAUGAGAUGAUAGUAUGGAAAGAAAAUGUACCAAAAGAUGAAUACAUCACUGACACCCGUUCAACAAGUGCUGUGUCGGGGGCAGGGCGUCCGGCUGAGAGCAGUCUGACUGGUUCUGCAGAGCAGCAGCUGCGUUCUAUACGGACAGAGUUUGUGAAACGAGUAUCAGGACCUGUCCUGAAUGAACUGCUGGACAGACUCCUGCAACACACAGUCAUCAACCAGGAGGACAUGGAGUCAGUGAAGGUGAUCGCUGAGAGGGCAGAGAAGGCACGUGACAUCAUCGACAUGGUGUUGAGAAAAGGAACUGAGUCGUGUUCCAGGAUGAUCAACCUUCUUGGGGAGCUGGACCCUUAUCUUUGUUCACAGCUUCAGAUCAACAGUGUUGGGGUACAAACCUAAUGGUAGAAUGGACAGUAACAGUGUUGGGGUCCCAACCUAAUGGUAGAAUGGAUAGUAACAGUGUUGGGGUACCAA